AUGGGAGGACAAUUCAGCAGGACAGGAGUGCCUGCACUUCAGCUCGAUUCCGACUUGCACAACACAACCGAGAUGAGCUCAAAUGAAGCAGAAGCAUUCAGGCUCGACCACCCAACUUUGCAGUCUUCUGAUUCUACCCUGCAAGUUGGCAGGAACCCUGUCAUAAACACAAUCGCCUCUGGGGUCGAGCUUCGAGCGCUCUCCUUCGACUCACUCGAAGAAGUUACUGGAAGCCCGGUUGUGAUGAACCCGGAAGUCGUCCAAUGCAUCUUAGAGAAAGUUAAAUGGAAAAAUAAGAAACUCUUCCAACUUGUGAAGGAUUACUUCGACAACAGUCUCAAAACCUUAAACUCCUUUACGGCCUUGAAUGAAUGCCUAAGGAAAGUCCGUGACAGCCAGAAGGUCCUUCAUUUUGCAUUGCAACAAUUUGAAAAGGAGGAAAUCAUGUUGGUAGAUGGCAAAAAGUAUCUGGCGACAGUACUGGAGGAGGCACUGAAGAAUUUCAAGGCUGCUGGGAACCCAUUCACGGAGGACUUCUCCAAGGACUUCCUAACGGUUUACACCCAUCAGGUGUUGAUGUUAGAGAAGCUGCAAACUCGAAAGAACAUAUUUGAUAAGAAGCUCGAAUUUAUGAAGACAUGGAGGAAGGUUUCAAGCAUUAUAUUUGCUGCAACUGUUGCUUCCACACUUAUUUGCUCGGUGGUGGCAUUUGCCGUGGCAGCGCCUCAUGUUGUUGCUGCAGUGGCAGCUGCUACUUCAAUCCCUGUAGGAUCAGUCGGUACGUGGUUUAAUUCACUUUGGAAGGGCUAUGAGAAUGCGCUGAAAGGACAGAAGGAAUUGAUUAGCUCAAUGCACGCUGGCAUUUAUGUUGCAACCAAGGACUUGGAGGGUAUUUGGGUUCCGGUUAACUGUUUGUCAAUAGAGAUCCAGACUCUAAUGCAGAAUGCUGAUUUCACCCUUGGGGAAGGGGAGGAAGUGAAGAUUAUAGUGGAGGUGAUAGAGAAGAAGUUGGAGGUUUUAUUGAAAAAAAUUGAAGAUUUGACUGAACCAGCUGACAGAUGCAGCCAGGAUAUUCGAAGGGCGAGGAAAGCUCUUCUGCAGAGGGUAAGCAAACAUCCCAACAAUUGAAGAAACCUCUUGGUAUGCACUGCUGGAGUGCUGACUGGUGUUUGUUCU